CUCUUAUGGAGACUACCCAGACUUCUGAAAGUAUUACGCAGAACUUGGAGAAGCCCUCUCCCAAGUUCAUCGAAGAGUUUAAGGAGUACAUCUUCAAUCUCCAAGACGAGAUCGUUGCUGGACUACAAGAGCAUGAAGAGAAAAAAUUCGUCAAAAAUCCAUGGGAAAAAGAUCUAGAACAUAAUAAGGGUAAUGGGUCGGCAUGUAUUGUGGAGAACGGAACUACAUAUGAGAAAGCUGGUGUCAACGUCUCUCAACUGACUAUCAAGAUCACUCCAGGAAUUUACAAGACCAUGAGUGAUCAAAACCAUAUGAGAACUAUUAGUGCUGAUAGUCUAGAUAAUUACCAAAUGUUUGCUUGUGGAUUAAGUCUUGUUAUUCAUCCUCUGAAUCCUUUCGUACCAACAGUACAUGCCAACUAUAGGGUACUGAUAAUCAUUCAUAAAGAGACAAGCGAGAUCGAAGACUGGUGGUUUGGUGGAGGAUGAGAUCUUACUCCAAUCUACCUCAAUGUCUCAGAUGCUAUUCAUUUUCACAAGGUUCUUAAGGAAGCUUGCGAUAAGCACGAUGAGACUUACUACCAAAAAUACAAAGAUAUCUGAGACAAAUACUUUUAUAUCCCUUACAGGAAGGAAUCUAGAGGAAUCGGAGGAAUUUUCUUCGAGAACCUCAACGACAAACCAUUUAGAGAAAUCUUUGAAUUUGCUAAAGAAUGCGGAAACUCUUUUGUAGAAUCAUAUUGCCCAAUUGUAGCAAGGAGGAAGAACACCCCUUACACAGAGGAUCAUGAAGAUUUCAGGAAAUGGAGAAGAUCCAGAUAUGCAGAGUUCAAUCUUGUUUUCGAUAGAGGUACAAAAUUUGGUCUGCAUACACCAAAUGCUAACAUUGAGAACAUCUUGAUGUCUCUCCCAAUGUCUUGCUCAUGGAAAUACAACUAUAAACCUAAAAAUAAAGAGGAAGAAAAAAUUCUAGAUGUUUUACAAAAUCCUAAAGACUGGGUGAAUCAUCCCACCAACGUAUUAAGCAAGAGUUUCUCGAGAUCAAGGUCUACCAUUCUGUCUUAUCCAUUAGUCCAAUUCUCAAAAGAGGAAGAGAACCCAGACAAAGAUUCAUCUUAG